AUGGUCAAUUUGACGGAAGGUGCAAUAUCGAUGCUGUUUACCGGUGAUGCGCUGGAGACCGAUGUAAUACUACAAGUGGCAGAGAUAACACUGGUCAAAACACAGAACCAGAACAGUAAUAAUGAGCGUUAUCGAAUAUGGUUGUCGGAUGGGAUGUUUUCUCAGCAAGGCAUGCUGAAUCGGCAGCUCAACGAUCUGGUUCGAUCCGAAAAGAUCCAAAAGGGCUCCAUUGUGCAGUUGAACAACUUUGUGCUUGACGAAAUUAAGAACAGUUGGAUCAUACUCAUUAUUGACCUAGACGUGUUAGUCGAAAAAUGUGAACGCAUUGGUGAACCAAUGUUAUUCAAGACUGAGGGGAAUAUCUAUUCAAUGACAAGAACAUUGCUGCCAGUUCAGACGGCAAGUAUUAGUCCUCAUUCGGAUGCAGCUGGUUCAGUGAUGGGCGGUUCAUGGCCAAAUGUAACCAGUGGAGUUCAUGUACGGUCUGCUGGAAUGGUUGCUAAGAGAGGGUCCAUAGCUCAAAAAGAAGGUCCUCCAGGAAUUAUUCCCGCUGCUGCAUUGAAACCGGUUGAGAAGGCUUUCAAUCAGCAAUUUCAUUUCUGCACCUUAAGUGACCUUGAAGGCACUGAGAACAAUAGUAUUGUGGAUGUGAUUGGCGUGGUUUCAUCUAUCAGCCCAUCGAGCCCAGCAACGACAAAGGUUGGCACUGAAAUUCAGAAAAGAACACUUCAAUUGAACGACAUGUCUGGCAGGAGCGUUGAACUAACUUUGUGGGACAAAUUCUGCAAUGUAGAAGGCCAAAAACUUCAAUUUUUUUGUGAUUCUAGGAAGUAUCCAGUUUUGGCAGUCAAAUCUUGUAGAGUGAAAGAUUUCUUCGGGAAAGUAGUAUCGACCACACCUGAUAGCCAGCUUUUUAUAGACCCAGAUUUCCCCGAGGCACACAACCUCAAAGCAUGGUUUGACAAUGAAGGAAAGAACGCCAAUUCUAUAUCGAUAUCCAGAUUUCCAAAUAUGGUCCGGCCAGAAGUGCUCAAAACUAUAUCGCAGAUAAAAGAUGAAAGUUUAGGUACGUCUGAGAAGCCAGAUUGGGUAACAGUGUGCGCGACUCUAGUAUUCAUAAAAGUGGACAACUUUUGCUACACUGCAUGUCCCAUAUGCAACAAAAAGGUUACAGAUAAUGGAGACGGGAAAUGGCGAUGUGAUAGGUGCAAUCAGUACGUUGAUGAAUGUGAGUAUAGGUAUAUCCUACGGAUGCAAAUCCAGGAUCACACUGGCUUAAUGUGGAUUACUGCAUUUCAGGAAAGUGGGGAGGAGAUUUUGGGUAGAUCAGCAAAAGAUUUGUACUACCUGAAGUAUGAAGAACAAGAUGACGAAAAAUUUUCAGAAGUAAUGCGUAAUAUUCUUUUUACAAAAUAUCUAUUUACGUUGAAAGUAAAAGAAGAUACAUAUAACUACAAAAAGGGCGUAGAGUGCACACUAGAGAAAGCAGAGGUACAUUUUCAAACAGAGACCAAGGAUGAUCUGGAUUCAAUAGCUAAGUUCAAGAUGGAGGACUCAGGUUCUCUACAUCUGGAGAGUAGAGAAUAUGUAGCACCAACUAUGAACCGCAGUCAAAAUACUGCCAAUAUGGAUAGAGAAUCAGGUGUAUCGAUUCAACCAGGUUCAUAUAAUAAUCAAUACAUUGGUUCUAGACUUCCUAUGACUGGCUCGACUAGCAUGCAUACAAGUUGUAAAAGCUGUGGUGGUGCAGGUCAUGGCCCUGAGAAUUGUCCAAGUUCGAUCAUUGUAAAUGGUCAUUAUCGAGGUAGUUUUGGCUAUGGGGCGUCGCCUUGGGUAACUGGCAGUGGCGAGAACCUCAAAUGCUUCAAGUGCCAUCUAUUUGGGCACUGGGCAAGGUAG